AAAGAGGCACAGGCUCAAAUUAAUGCUCAAGUGGAAGGCAUUACAGAUCAAGUUCAACACUUAGGUGCUGAAGAUGCAGCUCGUCAUUUACAAUCAACAACAACAACGGUUAUUACAUCACAAGCGACAUCGGAUAGUGAACACCAUGCCGAAGCUGUACCACAGCAUGUAGCUGGUAGUACAACGACAGUAGAACGACAUUCAAGCAGCACCACUCAUGAAGGAACAGAACACAAGCAUUAA